ACCAAAAUUAAAAUGUCGGCAAAUUCAUCGGGAGGGAGGGAUAGAGUAAUUGUUAACCUAACUUUCCUUCUCCUUCUCCAAUGAAAGUGUUCGAGUCAUAACCAAAACCUUCUUCCAAAGUCCAAACCAAUUCUUUCACACUAAUUUACAGAAUGUAUGAAGAUCUUAAGAAGACCAUCAAAUUUACAAACAUAUUCUGUCACCAACUUAAGAAUAUCUCCAAUUCAGCUUGCUAUAAACAACUUUUACAACAACCCACAAGCUCUCAACAAUGGCGAUUAUGGCCACCUUCUCCAAUUUUGCUCAAACAAUCGUCUCAUACUUCAUGGGAAACAACUUCAUGCUCGUAUUAUCCUCUUCAACUUUACCCUAGAUAACUUCCUUGCUUCAAAACUCAUCAACUUCUACACCAAAAUUGGCCUUCCUUGUAAUGCACGUAAGGUAUUCGAUGAAAUUCCUCAAAAGAAUACUUGGGUAUAUAAUGCUAUGUUGUUAGCUUACUCGUGUCAUAAUAAACUGUUGGAAACAUUGGAAUUGUUCUCUUGUUUUGUUAGAGACUCAAAUGAAUCAAUAAAGCCUGAUAAUUUUACGUUAACUUGUGUUUUGAAGGCGUUAUCAAGUUUGUAUUUUGAUGCAAACUUGCCUAGGGAGAUUCAUUGCUAUGCAUUGAGACAUAGGUUUGAUUCAGAUUUGUUUGUUGUUAAUCCUUUGAUUACAUUUUAUGCAAGGUGUGAUGAAAUGGGUAUGGCUAGAAAAGUUUUUGAUUUGAUCAAGGGAAGAGAUAUCGUGUCAUGGAAUUCUAUGAUUGCAGGGUAUUCUCAUGGAGGGUAUUAUGAGGAGUGUUUGAAGCUUUAUAAUAUGUUGUUGGAGGCCAAGAAUUUGCGGCCGGAUGGGGUAACAUUGGCGAGUGUUCUUCAGGCUUGUGCACAAAAGAGGGAUCUUGUACAAGGGAUUGAUUUACACAAGUUUAUUAUACAGAAAAAUAUCAAAAUGGAUGUCUUGGUUUGUAAUUCAUUAAUAGCAUUGUAUGCUAAAUGUGGUAGCUUGGAUUAUGCUAGGGAGUUAUUUGCAAAGAUGGAUGAGAAAGAUGAGGUGACUUAUGGUUGUUUGAUUAAUGGCUAUUUGGUUCAUGGUUAUGUGGAGCAAGCAAUGGAGCUUUUUAGGGGGAUGGAAAAACAGAGUUUGAGUGCUUGGAAUGGGCUGAUUUCGGGUUUGGAACAAAACAAUUUUCGUGAGCUUUCUAUGGAUUUGGUGAAGGAAAUGCAGGAUUCGGGUUUCAGACCGAAUUCAGUGACAGUUGCAACUGUUCUUUCAGCAUUAUCCCACUUAUGCAAUCCAAAAGGAAACAAAGAAGUGCAUGCUUAUGCUAUAAGAAAUGAUCUCGAUUUCAACAUAUAUGUACAAACUGGCUUGAUUGAUGUGUAUGGAAAAACCGGGUAUCUUAGGAGUGCAAGGCGUGUAUUUGAUCGAUCAAGGUAUAGGAGCGUAAUGAUUUGGACAGCAAUAAUUUCAGCUCAUGCAACUAACGGAGAAGCUGAUCGUGCCCUUGAUCUUUUCAAUGACAUGUUGGAUCAUGGGACUCGACCAGAUGAUGUUACCUUCACUGCCGUAUUGACUGCUUGCGCUUAUUUAGGUAAUACGGACAAGGCUUGGGAGAUACUAGAGGAUAUGAAUGAUAGAUAUGGCAUACAGCCUUUACCAGAGCAUUAUGCUUGCAUUGGUAGGGUUUUGAAUCUAACAGGAAACGAAUCUGAAGCUGCGAAAUUCUUGUGUUUCGCGCAAGCUUCUUAGCGCAAUAAACCCAAAAUACAUGUUGGUUCAGCUCAGGGAACUUGGUGUGAUUCUAGGUUUGGGCAGCUAGGAAGACUCGCUCGUCAAGAAACUAAAACGUUACUGUCGUCUAUAAGCUGUCUAGGUCGCACGCACUUUCAACCGUUCGCUACAAAACGUUCGAAACAGGAUAGUUUACAUGAAGACGAUGUUAAAACAAUGGUAUGUUCACCUUAUGAUCAAUAUGGAGUUAUGGAGUAGUUGGAUUCAGAUUAUGAUAGGUCAGUUGAAAAUGUAGCUUUGAUUUCCUUAUUGAACAUAGAACAAUUGGUGUAUAUG